AGGGAUCCGUUGGCGGGGCACAUCUCUCAGUGACGUCACGCGCGCCGCUUGUGUUGUGGCGGAGCGAGUGACGGAGGGAGCGAGGGGGAGGCCGAGGCACAGACGCGGCACAGGGACGCUUGGGACUGCCCUUGCCACCUUGCUUGUCAGUCACCAGGAAAAACUGUCAAGAUGGAAGAGGGAGUGCUGUGUCUGAAGUGGAGGGACCAUCGCUCCACUUUCCUUCGCAUGCUUUCCUCUGUAAGAAAAAAGGGAGUGUUCUGUGAUGUUACACUGGUCUGUGAGGGCAAGUUUUACCCGGUGCACCAACUAGUCCUCUCUACCUGCAGUGAGUACUUUCAACAGAUGUUUGAAGUUUUAUCAAGUGGAACCAGUGGAUCAGCAGGGAAUACCCGGACUGCAGGGCCUCUCGUGGUGGUCCUGACAGGGGUCUCUCCUCGGGAUCUUGAAGCUUUGUUGGAAUACAUGUAUGCUGGAGAAGCUACAAUAUUACAAGGGGACCUAGCACGUUUCAUGAAGGCAGCUGAAGGCUUUAAAGUUCAUGGUCUGGCUGAGCCCCCUCCCCCAGCCUCUCCAUCCUCCUCCCGAAGAGAGUCUGGGGAGGGGACAAAGAGAACACUGCCACAGUGUGAAGACAGCUGGGAGAGAAAGAGAAAAAAAGAAAGUGGAGAUCACCACAAAGUAUUAAAAGGAAAGGAGGCCCUACCAGAAAUAGUUUCCCCUGCCCAGCUGGCAUCAGUGGAACUCGCCCCAGAGACACAGCGUGGAAUGGAGCGGGAUACAGCCACAGGUACCCCGGGUGACCUCCCAGGGCCUGUGGCACCUCUGUCACCUCCCUCUCGUCCACAGAUUAAAUAUGAAGAGAUUCAGGUGAAGGAAGAACCUCAAAACCUGGAGGAAGUAGAUGAGGCAAAAAAAGAACAAGGAAGAUGGAGUCAUCGUCAGCACCAAGAACAACAAGCAUUGGUGUUAGGUGAAGGAGCAGAGACUGCACAGCUCUUAGGUUUCUGUGACCCAGGACUGAACUACUUGGCACACACCUCAGGGCUGGGGGCAGUGACAGACCGUGGACACUCGUCCCAUCACCAUCGGAACAUCCAUGCGACUGCAGGAUGGGAAGCUGCAGGAACUUCUGAUAAUUUUCCACAGCUCCCCUCAGGCCACCUUAGAGCAGCCAGCCAGAGGAGAAUGGGCCGCCCCACAUCAGAAAUCUGGCUGCAUUACACCACAGAGAGGGUUGCUGGGAGGACGGCCGUGUACUGUCGCUACUGUUCUCAAAAGUACGGCUAUCCCAAUGCCACCAAGAUGAAGAUACACAUCCUGAAAUGUACAAAGUGCCCAGAGGAGGUGAAGCAUCAGUUUGAGAUAACAGCAAAACCAGAAUUAAGUGAAGGUCAAGACGUCACUCUUGGUGCGGUCAGCACUGAUGGGGGCACAGCUCCCAAGGCAGAUCCCUUUCCUCAGUAUCCAGCUCACCAGUCCCAACAAGCCACAGACAGAUGCACUGAAAGCACAAACACUGCAGUCAGAUCUAAAUCUGGAUCAUGUAGAACUGAGCCAGGAGCUGAGAAUCCUUCCAACUCAAAAGCAGGAUUUCAGAACCCAGGGAAGUCUUCCCAUGUCAAGUCACAAAGCACAGCUCAGCAAGAAGUUCCUUCAGGUGCAGAGAAAGCCUCAGGUACAAAGCCACACGUUGGGCAACUUUCAAGCCAAGAAAAAUCAGCGGCAGCAAAAACAACGGAUGCCAAACAACGUUCAUUCUCCUCAAACACUGAGAAAGUUAAGAUUCCUUCCAGGCUCCAGCAGCAACAUUCACGGCCAUUAUCUCAAUCAGAAGAGAGAGCUUCCUUGAUACCUGAACCAGUGUGUCACAAUCCAGUGUACUAGUGUGUGUGUGUGUGUGUGUGUGUGUGUGUGUGUGUUUGUGUGUGUGUGUGUGUGUGUGUGUGUGUGUGUGUGUGUGAGAGAGAGAGAGAGAGAGAGAGAGAGAGUGUGUGUUUAGUAUAGGAAAUGUGCCACAAAUUUUGUCCGUAAGAGUAGAGUGGUGUUGUGUUUAUGGUUGUUUAAUGUAUUAUUGCAUGCAAUGCAGGUCACUCCAUAAACAAAUUUUAUGCAUCAUAAUGUAUUGUAUAGAUGAGUUUAUAUUUAUUUUUUGCAAGAAUUUUUCUGAAAGAAAUUGCUUAAAUUAAUUUUGCAUUAAAUCAAAGUGCUAAUACUCAUUAUGACUGGAAGUCAUACAGUGUUGUACCCAUUUGGUGUUGGCUGACAGCCACAUGUGGGAGGUGUUUGGUAAUGUGGCAGCAAAGGUGACUUGAAGCAAGGCUUGCUUUGUGAUCACAAGGUUGGACCGUGUGGCAGUGCUGGACAGUCCCUGAAUGACAGCCAGUGGCCAAACAGUUGUUGAAACAACUUGCUAUUGGUGUUAACAAUAUGUAGAGCUGCCAUGACUGGCUGAAUUAUUCUUUCAGUACAGCCAGUCAUAGGAAGCAGCUAGUAGAGAUUGUGUGGAUGACAAACCAUGUUAGCAAUAUUGUAAAACAGGAACAUCACAGUCCUUAUCCUCCAGUUGAAGGCUUUGUUCAAGAGUGGUUCACCUUCAUUGUUGUCUUGGUGAAAACCCAACAUCAUUGCAGUGUCAUGGAAUUAGAUUAUAGUAUGUACAUACUGUCAUUCAGAUGGGAGACCACUGAAUUUUAUUCUUGUGUGAUAUCCCUUGAAAGGCUUCUCUGUGUAGCCAUGGUACUUUAUCUUGCUUAUACAGUUUUAUUUAUUUAAAUAUUGAUUUAAUUUUUUGUGAUACUCCUGAAAAUGAAAAUAGUUAAGGAGGAUUAGUUUUCAUUGUAUAAAGUCAGAAAGCAAGUACAUUCUUGCAUGUCACAUCAGACAAAUCAGUGUAGCUGUUCACAGCUACUUGCUGCAUUAGUGAGCUCAGAAAAAAAAAAAAUUGUCUCUAUACUUCUAGACAUUUAGUUGAGUGACACAUUGCUUACACCUGAAAUUGGUUAAUGGUCCAUGUACCAUAUUAAAUAUGUAUGCAGAUAACAGAGUAGUGAUUAGGGCAGUGUAUUAUGAUUAGAAUGACAUGUGCAAUAAACAUAGACUCACCAUUCAUGCAGAGCAGGAAUGAACAAUUACUGUGACCAGCAGGCCACUCCAUAGGUGAUAGCACACUGUGAGGGCCACACAUUUAAUGUAAAGGAUCAUGGAUGAUGUUUUCAAAAAGUUAAGGCUGAUUUAAAUAUCCAACCCACCCAAGGCAUAGAGUGUCAUUGGUUACUGUACCAUGUCUUCUCCUCUUUCCAUGCCUUUUUUUUUUUUUUUUUAUCUCAUAGAUGAAUCAUGGUGCCACUGACCAAAAAAAGUAUCAUGUAAUCUGUGGUGCAUCAUGAGGAGCAUCCCAGACAACACGGGAGCUAGCAAGCCAUAUCUUGGCAUGCAUUCAGCUGCUGACUGGUUCCAUCCAUUCAGUGGCUCAUCAACUCACUAACAAAUGCAAGAUGGCAGAGGUUUAAGCUCAUGUUCAUGUUACAUCAUUGUUACUGCUAAUAGAGCUUGUUAAUAUUCCACAUUGUGACAAACAUAAAAUUCUGUUAUCAUUACUGCUGUAAAAUUUAUUUUAAGAGUUUUGUAGAUUAAAAGGACAUUGAAGUGGGAAUAAGUGAGUGUGAUGACAAAAUCACAAGAAUAAAUAGGCAAAUAGGCAUAUGUAUAUACAGUCAGUAGAUGAGUGGUUAGUGCAUGGAAGUGGUGAACCAGAUGAUGUGAAUUUGGGUUCCUCCAAGCCUGAUAAUCUCCCUAUGAUCAGUGAGCAACCAAAGAUCAUUCACUUGCUGCCAUUAACUGUUCUAGUUUGUGUGCAGUGAGGAACAUUAGGGAGUGGCAUGGGCCUCUACAGGAUGUUGUUUUGAAAAUCUCUGUUGGGGGGAACUGACCAUUCAGGCUUCUAGAAACAAGCCUUCAGGCCAGCCUGCCAAGCCUUAAGGAAUAAACUUAAAGGCACUAUGUGCCCAAGACAUGAAAAUAUCAACAUUCAUAAAUAAUGUGAAUUCUGCAAGUCAAUAGUUCUAUAGCACCUUUUCAAAAGAAACAAGUGUGAAGCUGGCUGUUUUGUCUACAAGUACUACUGUGGUGUUUAUUCCACCAAGCUUUACUGUGAAGCUGGUGAGUGGUGCAGGUCUUCCUCAUCACAGCUUGAAGUGGCACGUUGGAUUGCUCUUAUGGUGGGUGGUGAAUCUUGCUCAUCGCAAGUACUUGUUAUAUUGAUGUCUUGCAGGAAAAAAUGUAACCACAGACUGAAUGUGACUUCCAUUUCACCAGCUUCAUGAAAAUAGUUAUACGUAUGUAUAUGAAAAAUUUGGGGGGUCAUGCAUUGCUGAAGAUACCUUAAAAGGAAAUAUCAUGUAAGGUAAAUUUCUUGUUUUCAUCUGUGUGACAGUAUUGUGUCAUGAUAUGAAUUUCUUGAUACCUUAAGGCAGAGGUGUAUGUGUGUCAAUGUUCCACCCUUCAGUAGGGUAUCAGUGUAAAGACAGGAUGUGAGUUUGCAGACCAGCAAGGCUGUCAGCUGUGCAUGGGCAGCAAACAGUCUCCAGAAGGUUGCAUUGUGAGCGAUAUAAGGCAUGAAAUUUUUUAACUUAUUUUUGUAUGAAGUACCACUUUAAACAUGUAAAAUAGGAAAUGUUUGCAUUCAACUGAUAGCUUGUUCUUAAUUGUGGGCAUCACUCUAAAUCUGUAUGUAAUUCUACAUAUAUAGAUUUUCAUUAAAUCAGUGUACUGUCGUAUGUUCUAAAAUGAGGUGCAAUGCAAAAAAUCAUGUAUGUCAUUAAUAAAAGAUAUACAUUUACCA